AUGGAAGAGGUAAAAGCGAUGGUGGAUACGGAGACAGACGAUUAUUUUAGGUUGCAAUCAAUGGAUUCUGGCUUACAGGAUUUGGUCAAUAGCUCGGCAAACAAGCAAAUAUUUAACCAGCUAAAGUUUUCCGAGGAUGCGUACUAUGAUAAGAAGCUAAAUACUCUUGGAACUAUGAAAUUUACCAAUCAUAAUCAGUACCAGAGACAACCAUACGUUGCAAAUGGAUACAUUGGAAGUAGGAUCCCCAAUUUGGGGCAAGGAUUUGCUUAUGACCUGUUGCCAGAUUUUGAGGCAUCUGGUGACGCGAAUGAUCUUUACAACGGAUGGCCUUUGUUUACCAGGCGCUUUGCUGGAGCUUUCAUUGCAGGGUUCUAUGAUUUACAAGAAAACACAACGGGAACAAAUUUUCCUGAAUUGUUGGAAAAUGGGUAUGAGAGCGUCAUUGCGGCCGUGCCACAAUGGACAACUUUAAAAGUCCAAAUGUACAGAGAUGGCAAGAAAUAUACCUUGGAUCUGUCCCUUGGGCAUCUGGAUGUGGGAAACAUAAGCAACUACAUGCAGAAUUUAUCACUCUCGAGCGGAAUUGUGACUACACAAUAUACAUGGUUAGACGAAAUUGAUAUCAAGUUUACAGUAUUGGCUCACAAAUCGGAGCUCAGUUUGGGGUUGGUCACACUUGACGUGCACAACCGCGCAAACAAAACAGUGUUAUUAACGAUUAUAGACGAGAUAGAUUUUAAUACUGCUAAAAGGUGCGAGCUAAACGUUGUUGGGUAUGAUUCCACGGGGAUACACAUGACGUUUCAACCUAAAAAUGUUGAUUAUGUGCAUGGUGCUAUAUAUUCAAGUUUACUCAUUGGUGAUGGAAACAUAGAAAGACAAUCUACAGAUAGAGUAGUGAAUCAAACAGCAAAACUACAAGUAGGAGCAAAUGAUAAUGUGCAAUUAAGGAAGGUUGUUGGGAUAAUAUCUAGUGACUUGGAUCCCGAAACUUUGAGUACCGCAAGCGACGUUAGAGAAGCCGCAAAGCAAAUAGUCCAAAAAAACAAGGAUGAUCCUCGAAUGCUAAUAAAAUCACAUAUCGACGCCUGGGCCGAAACUUUAGGUACUCUGGAAAGAAUAUCUUUUCCAAGUGAGCCCCUCCUAGACCUUGGUGCAAAAGCUUCCAUGUUUCAUUUACUAGCAAAUACGAGAUCUAAUGCUCAGGGUUUAACGGGCGCAGUGGGAGUUUCUGGAUUGAGCUCAGAUAGUUAUGGUGGUAUGGUGUUUUGGGAUACUGAUCUUUGGAUGUUUAAUGGAAUCUUGCCGUUUGUUCCUUCACACGCAAAAAGUAUUGUAAAUUAUAGAUUGCAUACUCAUGAACAAGCGUUGAAAAAUGUACCAAAGGGGUACGGGGGAGCCGUGUAUCCUUGGACGAGUGGAAGAUUUGGUAAUUGCACUGCAACUGGCCCUUGCUUGGACUAUGAAUAUCACAUUAAUCUGGCAAUUGCAAUGGCUGCGUGGGAGCUCUAUCUUAGUGGAGCAGUUGACGAUGACUACUUGAGAAAUGUUGCGUUUCCCUUAAUCAAUGACGCGGCGACAUUCUAUACUGAAUACCUUGUGAAAUACAACGAUACAUUUAAUAAAUUUACCACCCAUAACUUAACAGACCCAGACGAGUACGCAAACCACGUGGACAAUGGUGCUUACACCAAUUCGGGUAUAUCGUUGGUGAUGCAAUGGGCCAUUGCGGUUGCUAACCAUUUGGGAGAACAAGUUCCACAAAUUUUUUAUCAAAUUGCAAGCGAUAUAUACAUCCCCACGGCGGACAACUCGCAAAACAUUACAUUGGAAUAUUCAGGCAUGAAUUCCUCUGUUGGAAUCAAACAAGCUGAUGUGGUAAUGAUGACAUACCCUCUAGAGAAUAAUUUAAUUGAUGACGAACAAGGUUACCUUAAUAUGGAGUUUUACUCAAUGAAACAAGUGAGUUAUGGCCCCGCGAUGACCUACCCAAUAUUUUCAGUUGUGGCAGCAAAAUUGGCAGCGACAGGAUGCGCAUCUCAAUCAUACUUGCAUAAAGCCCUUCAACCAUACUUGAGAGGUCCUUUUGCUCAGUUCUCAGAGCAAAAUAACGAUGACUAUAACAUUAACGGUGGCACACACCCAGCAUUCCCCUUUUUAACAGGACAUGGUGGAUUCUUACAAGCCGCUUUACUAGGUCUCACUGGAAUGAGACACAAAUUUACCAUCGACAAAGACAAUAAAAUAUCGAGAAUCCUUCAUCUCGAUCCUAUUGCGUUACCUUGUCUUGGCGAAGGUGUACGAUACGACUCAAUACAUUACGACAAUCAUACUAUAUCGAUGAACAUCAACCAAACUCAUUUUACUAUAAAAAAUAAUGGCAAAACAUUUCCUAAGGCACGAGACUAUAUACAGUUAGCUUUAAGCGAACGGAACCCUGCACAUGGCUCUUAUCAGUUGAAAGACGAAGAAGAAAGAGCAUUCCCAUUAACUGUGCUAAAGAAAAGUUUUGUGGACAGUAUCUCAGAGUGUGGUGAUGCCACAUUUUACAAUAUCACAGAAGGUGCAUUUGGUGUUGCUGCAAUUUCUAUGAAUGAUGGGGAUAACACCACAAGAUGGCAAGCUAAAAGCAAUGACAUGACAGGAAAAGUUAUGGUCGACCUUCAUUCAAUCAAAAAUGUUUCUGCUGUUGAGUUCAAUUGGGCUGAUAGGCCACCGCAAUUUUUGAAGAUUUCCAAAUACACUGGAUCUAAAUUUACAAAUAUUACGGAUUUCUUGGCCAAAGUUGAUUUUGGCAACAGAGUUUACGAAAAUUACAGGUUUGCUAAUCCAGAGGACAAGCUUUACAAUCAAAGUGAAAUAUUUGAAGUUGUGCACUCGGAAAUAGUCAACAUCAGUGAGCCUUAUUCAGAAGACGAAAUUAGGGAAAUAAUGGUGCCAUUACGUCACAAUACAACGUCUUUAGAUUUGAACAUAGAUAGUCAAUUUAUCUUGAUUGAAGUCAAAGGAAUUCAUGAUGAUAUACCACAUGACGAAGAGGUUGGUGGCGCAAAGCUAGCAGAAGUAGUAUUCUAUUGA